UCACCUGACGCACGCUGAGGAUACGCGCUGCUAAACUGUCGAAAAAUGAAGAGAAAUCACGAUUUCAGCUCGUCGGACAGUGAGCUCGAUGAGAAUAUCGAAGUGGAGAAGGAGAGUGCGGAUGAAAAUGCCGGUGCGAAUUCUCCACUCGGGUCAAUGUCUCCAUCCACAACCUCUCAAGUACAAGCAAGAAAACGUCGCAGAGGGAUCAUCGAGAAGCGCCGGAGGGACCGGAUAAAUAACAGUUUAUCUGAGCUGCGCAGGCUGGUGCCCAGCGCCUUUGAGAAACAGGGCUCAGCUAAACUAGAAAAAGCAGAAAUUCUGCAGAUGACCGUAGAUCAUUUAAAGAUGCUUCAUGCUGCAGGAGGAAAAGGUUACUUUGAUGCUCACGCUCUGGCCAUGGAUUACCGAGGACUGGGUUUCCGCGAAUGUCUAGCAGAGACUGCACGUUACCUCAGUAUCAUCGAGGGCCUGGACAACACAGAUCCCCUCCGCAUCCGUCUGGUUUCACAUCUCAAUAGCUACGCCUCUCAGAGAGAAGCUCACUCGGGUUUGGGCCACUUGGCAUGGGGUUCUGCAUUUGGAACGCCUCCCAGUCACCUGGCCCACCACCUCCUCCUGCAACAGCAGCAGCAGCAGGGGGCGCCACUGGCGCGCAGUACCAGCAGUCCUCCAUCCUCAAACUCAUCAUCGCCCUCCUCCUCGUCUCCUUCCGCCCCGUCAACAGAGCCCAGGUUGAGCGGGACGGUGAUCAGUGAGGCAGGGCAGACGGGACCGCUAAGGGUGCCACCCAGUACCUCCCUUCCCCCAGGCCUCACUCCACCUACUGCAUCUAAGCUUUCUCCGCCCCUCCUGACGUCACUUUCAAGCCUGUCAGCGUUUCCCUUCCCACUGAGUGCUUUUCCUCUGCUGUCCCCAAGCUCACUGGGCCCCGCAACGCCCUCCAGCAGCCUAGGGAAGCCCUACAGGCCCUGGAGCAUGGAAAUAGGGGCCUUCUGAACUCAACACGAACGCUUUUAGAAAUGACUUCUUUCUGUAACAUCAGACUAUUUUGAACAGAUGCACAGAAACAGACUUGUACAAAGGGAAGACACGAAUACAGAUCCACUCUACUAACCAGAACGACUGUGCUUGUCCCAUCUCAGCAGGUGAUGAGUUUUGGAAAUGGUCCAAUUUUCACCCAACUGAUUUAGUCCUUUUGUCCCUCAGGGUACACUGUAAAAAAUAUCUUCCAUAUUUUGUGAUUCAUGUUUUUAUUUUGAAGUUUUCCCCUUUUAUUUAUGUUUUUGAAUUACAUUAUGGGACCUUGAAUGUUCUUCUAACAGCUUUUAACCUUGAAAUUUUAGAAAAAGUGACUUUUUAAAAUAUUUUAAUACUUUAAAGUGAUAAAUUGUCUGGGUUGAUGUUGUAUAUUACGGUACAAAACCCUUGUAAUAAGCUGCCAGUACAUGUUCUGUUAUUUUACAGACUUAUUUCUCUAUAUAUUAUUUCUUAUAUGCUGUAAAACCCAAAAAGUCAAGGUAACUCAAACCAUUUAAGAAACCGAUUGCGACAAACUAUUUAAGUUUAAAAACUAAUGCAGAUGAGUACUGUGAACUUAAUCCAUUUGAGUAAACAAAGCAGUUUGAGCACAGUAAAACCCAAUAAAUGAAGAGAACUAAAACGCUCAAAAUGCUACAAACCUUUUAAAAAACUUAUUCCAUUUAAAUUGAAGUAAUGAGGUAUUUAAUUAACUCAUUAGCUCCAACACUGAGUUCAAAUGAGUAGAAUGAACUCUCAGUCAAUUUUGAGUUAACUACACUCGUUUCACUUGCUAAAGUGACUGUUGGGUUUUACAGUGUAAAUUUAUUUUUUCAAACUCCUAAAAUGUCAAUAAAAGUCACUUUGUUAAACUGUAAAGCUGAAUUUUUAACAUCAAAAGUCGCCAGAGCAGAGAUCAAGGUCCCAUAAUGCACAACCGUAAAUAAACUGAAAACUGAAUCACAAAAUACAGAAACUGUUAAUUAACAAAUAGUUUUUACAGUGUACGUUUACUCGACAGUGAUGUACUAAAAAUUGUGAUUUAUUUUUUAAAAUUUGGCAUACUGAAAACAGUGUUGUCAAAAUGAUUCCCUUUCAUGUGGAUCUGCAAAAACAACUAAAAACGGCGCAUUGUACAGUACAUGCCAGGCCAGUAGUUGGCGAUGUCGCUUUGUAAAUAAACACUACGCGACUGCGCACAUUUUUGAUUGUUUGCAUUUUCACGCCCCUAAAACACUGCUGUCGUGUAAAGUGAACUUAACACUUGUUUUAAACCUUCCAAAAUGCAAUAACCCUUCAGUUUUUGGUUGAAAACAGUGUCCUGUAAGCACACCCUCAGUGGAGAAAUUAUACAAAAUGUCACAUUUUGAAUACUGCGCCCUCUAGAGGUCCCAUCUAUGAUUUGUUCAUAAAAAACCAUAAUAAACAGAAAGUUAUUCCUUUUGAAGGGUACAUACUUCUAUUGUGGCGGUUCAUUCCGCUGUGAUGACCCCUGAAAAAUGAGAGGCUAAGCAGAAGGAAAAUGAUUGAAUAAAUACUUGUAUGGUUAAAGACAAAUGUGAGCACUAGAGGGCGCAGUAUAUAAAAUGAGAACCAGGCAGAGAGAGAGAGGUCAUUUGAAGCCAAAUGCAUCACUGAAUUGAUGUUAAACUCAAACCAGAUGCUCAUUUUAUAACAAUAAAGAUAGUUCAGGAACAAUUAGUCCACAUGCAACAAAAAUUAGCCUCUUAACUCCGGGAAUUACUUUGAAUGUUUAGAAAUAUGUUGGAAAAACCUAUGCAAUGACAUUGAUGUUUUGGAAAUUUCCCUUCACAAAAAUAUGUGAAAUCUAUGCAACCUAUGUAUUCCUCAGCUGAACUCGAUGAGUACUUUAUUUUUAUAAAGAUUAUACGUCCAGUGACCUGCAGUGUGUUUUUUUUUUUAGAUGUAAUGAAUUUGCUGUUUGCAGAAAUGGAUCUUUAUCGAGACAAUCUAGAUAGACAAUCUCUCAGAGCUGCUCUAAUUUAAUUGUAGCGAAGGCACUAUUAGGUUUGUUAAUAGAGAAAAUGUGCAUAUGUUUGCCCUUUAUGCUCAAAUCAUCUCUCUCUCUCUCUUACAGUUAUCUGUACUUGAGGAGUGUUUUGGAAAACCAGUUUUUUUAUGGCAAUAGGGAUUUUACACUGGCAAAUCAGAUAAGAUUAGGUGAAUAGAUAGUACUGGAAGAGAUGAUGUGGUACUGUGCCUGUCCCUCACUAACCUGUGUGACUUUCCUGUAAUAAAAUAUGUGUAGCUAACAACUCUG